UACGACAUUACAAUAUAGUUUAGUCGCUCGUCGCGGUUGCCGCGAAGAACUGAUUGUUCGCCGGUUAUUUACGAAGAAUCUGCGGAUGAUCUUCGCUCCUUUUCCUCUUCGAGAUACUGCAACCGGAAGUGCUCUACUCCUUUUCCGUGUCAGUUGAAGCAUUUUCGAUACGCACUUUUGCCAUACGCCCGAAACGCUUAGAUUCGUUUGUAUUAAUAUGGCGAUUAGUGUAUGAAACACUUAAGAUAUGUUUUUAAGAUACGGCGACUACUUGUGCAUUAUCUUCGACGCAUUUGUGCUAUUUGAAAUAAAUAGCCCUUCCAGUCACCCACGAAGUGCUCACGUAGCGUUCACCAAGGUGCAAUCGAUAUCGAUUAAAUAUCAAUAUCGAUUAUUAGGCGAAUCAUACGUCCAAUAACAAAAGAGGUGAGGACACUUUGUGUCAUACUCGUUCGUGAGAUGGUGAGCAGCGUUGUUUUGCAGUAACAAUGGCCGAGAGUGAGAGAAGCUUUGACUCGACGACAUAUGCCAGUGACCAGACAUCCAGCAUUAGAUAUUGCCCAGAUAUAUUUACCAGAAGAAUGCCAAAACGGAUGCAAGAAAACAGCAAUAUAGAUAAAUGGCUGGAAGAUAAAGGUUACUAUAGAAAGGACACUCCUAAAGAUCCAACUUGUUUAUUUCGGGCGAUCAGUGAACAAGUGUAUCAUACACAAUAUUAUCAUAUAAAAGUCAGGAAAGAAUGCAUAGCAUUUAUGAAAGAAAAGAGACACUUGUUCGAGGAGUUGGUAGCUGUGCCGUACGAGCAUUAUUUGGAUCAAAUGGCAUGCUUCACCGAAUGGGGAAGUAUGAACGAAAUUCGUGCCAUGUCCCUACUUUAUAAACGAGAUGUGAUUAUAUUUAAUGGGCAAAAGCAGACAGUUGAGAACAUAACUAAUAGUGAUUUCGAUCAAAAUUUAUUAAUAUAUUAUACACCGCCGAAGCAAUAUGAAACUGUCUUGUCAUCCUUAUAUGUUAAAAAGGCUGCUUACUGUCAAUCUCUUGUUUAUGGGACUCUGUACGAGCGUGUUUUCAACAUGACUGGUAUCAAGCACACUGCUGAUAAAAUGCUAAACGAUCGAAAUAACGCAUUCAGACACGACAAAUUUUUCCAAAAGGGAAAUCUCGAAAUUAGAGAACAAUUGACCGUGGAUUUAUAUAACAAAAUUGAAACUGGUCGUAUCAACGGAUCAGCGGAUGAAAUGCAAUCCGACCCGAAAGGAAUACCACCUAUUCCUUACAGAGUCGCAAAAGCGCUUAGUCCCGAUAUAUAUCGCAAUACGGAUUUCGAUACGUGGCAUGAGAUAAAAAGAGAAGUAAAAUACGGAGGAUGGAACAGACACAAUAGCAACGAGCUUCAAAUCGGCGGCAAAUGUUUGAUUAAUCUAAGCUACCUGAUCGACCAAGCCAAAAAUAAUAAUAAUAAUCCGUCGCAACCCAGUACUAGUGGAAACAAUGGCAAAAAUAUACAGCCGAAACCAAAACAAGAUAAAUCCUUUUAUUUUGGAUAUAUACAAGGGAUGGGUCCAAAUGAAGAGCCGGUUCUCGUUUUUGUCGAAGAGUUGGGUGAAAUACGUCGCGUCCCGUACGCUGCCUUAAAACCGUUUCCUCUCGCGAAAAAGAAUAAGCAGAAUAAUUCGACACCACAUAAUAAAAAAAACAUACCUAUGGAUACAGGUCGACGAUGGAGGAAAACGUACAAUUCGACUUCACGUAAAAAGAAAGAUACGGUCAGUUUAACAAUUAGUACCGUAACAAGUAAUACGAAUAAUACAAAUACGAGUAAAGAUGGUGUUGACAGCAAUAAUACCAGAGGUAUUGACAAAGCCGACUUUAAAGCUGAUGAACACAAUGAUGAAUCUUCUAAAGUAAAUGAAGACCAAAUCACAGAAAAUCAUGCUACAAAGGACUGUACUAAUCAUGUGACAAACGAAGCAGCUAACAAGCCGUCUACGACGGUUGCUCACAAUAACCCACAGUCUUUAAAGACGAACAACGCAGCACAAGGAGUAAACGAAGACUGUAAGAAAACUAAUAGUACACCAGUACUUACAAAGUAUAAUAGCGAUAAUAGUUUUGUAAGCAAGCCUGCAAGAUCUCAUAAUAAUCAUGACAACAGUCAUCAGAAUACGUAUUCCAAAGCGAAGGUGAUGGACGAGAAUUAUUGUUCUUCUAACAUUAAUCCACAAAUAAAUAUAGUACCCAACUCAGACUUAUUCUACGUUUUCCCGGAUGGUAGCACAUGCCCGGUUUUUCCAUUUUUGCCACGGAAUUUUGGUGAUUUGGACCAAACUGAUCAUUUUAUUCCACCGAGAUUUGCGUAUAAUUCGGGUAUAGAGUAUUUACGUGUAAAUGAAGCUUGGAAUUAUGGAGCUAUGAUAUUUGGAUCAGGUCAUCAUGGUGCAUCACCAUUAGAAGGGACACCUAAUGCUGGCAUGAAUAAUGUUGCAUAUAUGCGUGAGGAUACGCGUCUUGCCAACGGCGUGCAGAAUUGUUCGUUAGCGUGCAACGAGGCAGCGGGAUGCAACAUUGACGGCAGGGAUAUCGGCAAUGUCGAGCCGAUAGUCCACAAAACUCCGUCUCCGUAUAUAAACGGUAUGCAAAAUACGAAGCAUCCGAAGCAAGGAACACCUAGAAAUUUAGGUGGCAAGGACUUCUCGUUUCAAGGGUCAGAUAAAAAAUACAAUGGGAUGCCUAAUAAAGGCAGCAAAGGCAACAAGGCCCGUUAUCAGCAGAACAAUCGCAACGCGCUGGCAUAUGCACAAUACUGGAAUUACCACAGCGCGGUUGUCCCGAUUGCUUCCGCGAACGAUGCGAGAAUCACUCAUAUGCAGCAGCAACCGCAACAUUUAGAUCCAAUGAUCCUGCAACACCAACAACAACAACAACAGCAGCAGCAGCAACAGCAGCAGCAAGCAGCGAUGAAUUCAGUGAACGCGUGCGCUCCUUACAUACCGCCGAACAACAUGAUAUUUUAUCCGAACGACGCGGCAGCCGCGGAAGCCUGCUGCAACCCGUACUACAUGAACGGUGCGUUCGUUCCUAUCGCGUGCUUCCCACCGGGAACCCCGCCGUAUCAUGACGGGCCUGAGAACGCGGCAACUGGCCCAUCGCCGCCCUAUCCGCCGCAUUUCUUCCCGCAACAUGCCGAGGCUUAUCCGUCGGCACCGAGUUAUCCGUCAACCAUGUAUCCGUCUAUGAUAUAUGGCCCACCAGCGCCACCGCCGCAGAUGCAGUUUCCUCCCGUUAUGCAACAACAGCAACAACAACAACAACAGCAACACCAGCUGCCACCGCCGCCAACGGCGAACAUGCCAGAACAUUGGUACCCCAUGGUAGGACCAUCGUCACAUUACGUGCAGUACGCGGCUCCAGCCGCACCCGUCAUCACCGAACAGCCCUGCAACGGGCAAACUACCGGCGGCUCGGCUUAGGAUUGAAGAUCAAGUUUUGCGAUACUGAAGAUUAAAGAACGACGCGCGGUUAUCCUGCAGGUAUCAUGGUGCUCGGCUCGGUGCUUACCAGAGAGAUUUGUAUCCGUAACUUGCACCGACCACAUCAUUACUUGUAAUACGUACCUGUGCCUCUGCACCUGUGAUCAUUGCACAGUCCUUGAUAGCGUACAAAUUAUUGUCUAAGAUAAGAUUCUAAAGAUCGACCAGCGAUGAAUAAGAAAACCAAUAGCAAUAGCGCUCAUCACGGCGUUCGCAGUUGGAUUGUGCUUCGAAGACUAAAUCUGACUAUGUUAGACUGAUAUUGACUGAUAUUAAUAGAGAGAAGACUGAUUAUUUAGCAAAAUACUUCAGUGACAGACUACGAAGUACUACAGACCGUUGAACGCGUGAUACAUGAGCUGGUGAUAUGCGACUUUCUAUCGUAAUUCUUUAGCUCUUUGUAGAGAGAGUAUAUAUACAUAUAUAUAUAUAACAUCUUGUGCUAUGUGUACGCCUUGUACGUAUAGUGUCGAUAAUCUCGAAGAUUUAUCUAUUUAUAUACAAUGUGUUAAGUUCGCUACGUAAUUUUAUACAUAAUCUCCGUGAAUGCGAUUGAAUUGCGUUAUAAAUCUAUUUUCCUCAUUAUUUUCUUUACUAUAUUAUACAAGGAAGAUCGAAGUGUGUAUACCUCAUCGUCGAUCGAAUCGAGAUAAAGCCGAGAUAAAAGAGAUUGUUACUUGUAACAGUAAGUUAUUGCUUAUUACUGGUAAGUUAUUACUUACAACAGUAAGUUAUUAUACAAUGAUUACUUAUAAUAGUAAGUUAUCGAAAUUGCUGUUACUUAAAACAGUAACAAUAAUUGGCCUAAGAUGCGUUACAUACUUAUAGGUGCCAUGUUGAAUUAAAUAUUCCUUAUACAACAUAGCCUAGAAAGUGGUGAGGGUAGUAGAUUUAUGAUUCAAUCCAGUUGCAUCCGUGGAGUUUGCACUUUAAAUUAUGCAGCGAGCUUGACACAUCAUACAUAAAAGGGAUAAAAUUACGAAAUUGUCGAUGCUGCGUAUAGUAUAACUUGACUACUAUUAAACAUUAGUACUCAAAACAUUUAAACGUCAGUAUAAAUUCAGUUCUUGCAAAUUUGGUUAAAAAAAGACGAGAAAUCCUCUUUGGCUUUAACAUUGUACGGAUGAUGCAGCCAGUUAGAACAUAUACUAAUAUAUAGUGGUAGGUUUAAUAUAUUACAUACUGUUACUCGUUUGUGUGAAAGAGUUGAUUAUUUAGAAGUGUAAGUGAUAAAAGUAUCAAUCUUUUAUAUCAUCUAAGUAUUGACGUCAUAAAAACUAAGAUCUUGUUCGCUAUAAUAUUAUGUUUACGAUAUUCUUUAUAUCUAUAUACACUUUUUGUUAAAACUUUUGUCAAAUAAACUAUAUAGACAGACUGAUGGCUUUGUUUGGCUUGUUAACGAUACGCCUAUAUUUUGGUUCAAUUUCACAAAAUGCACCUUUUCAAGCUCGUACGUGCGUGCGUGCGUGCGUGUGUAUAAACUUCUAAAAGAGACAACAAAUUACUUCAUUGACAAAUGGAGUUAUCAGUGCCAAGUGAAUUUUAUGAUAACUUAUGAUUGAGCUUUUCCGGAGAUUCGUCA